AUGGACACCUCGUACCCGCGGGAGGAGCGGCCGCGCCCCAAGCGGGGAUCGCCCCCCGCCGCCCCCCAGGCGCCCCGCGACCACCUGCUCUGGGCCAUCUUCAACACCCUCUACAUGAACUUCUGCUGCCUGGGCUUCGUGGCGCUCGCCUUCGCCGUCAAGGCUCGGGACAGGAAGGUGUCCGGGGACGUGGAAGCCGCUCGUCACUUCAGCUCCAAGGCGCGGUGCUACAACGCGCUGGCCACGGCGGGCAGCGUGGUGCUGCCCCUGCUGCUCGGGGCCCUCAUUGUCACCGGCGUCAUCCACCUCUCCAAGCUGGCCCAGGACUCCGUGGGCUUCUUCACCUACCAGCUCAGCGGCAGCGACGACGAGGACCAGUGACCCCGGGUGGUGGCACCUCCUCUGCUCCCAAAAGGCCACCACCCCUGUCUGCCACCCCCCACCCCACAAACCCCGUUAUUUUUGUUUAUCCUGUGGGAUUUUUUACCUCCUGUUAUCCCGUGUGGAGCCCCAGUUUCUGUUGUUGCUAUUUAAAUCA